GUCACACUGCACUCACCACGAACUGUCACAUGAUUUUCACCUGACGUUUGCUAGCUUCUGCGAAAAAUCUAUCGACGCGAAUUCCAACUUAAUAGGAACAAAUUUACAUCCCCGUCGAGCAGCGAUUAACGAAGCUAGCAAAAUGAAAAUUUGUGGUCCGAAAUGCUCCCUCUGCGGAUUGAUCAUCUCCGUUUGGGGCAUUGUGCAGCUGGUGCUCAUGGGAUUGUUCUUCUACAUACACAGCGUGGCCUUAAUCGAGGAUUUGCCACUUGAGGAGAAAUACUCUAGUUUAGAGGAAUUCUAUACGGCUGCCAAUAAUGCAUACACUCAGAAUGCGUAUAACUGCUGGAUUGCGGCGUGCAUCUACGUGUUGACCUUGUUGCUCUCUGCGCAACAAUUCUACAUGAACAGCAGAGUGACUGCCAACUAAAAACACCUGUACUUCAACUUCAACUACAAAAUACACACGAUGCAGUUGCUGCUUUGCUUUUCCUGUGCAGGGGGAAAGUAAACAUCAAUUGAGAGAGCAAAAAAGUAUAGCUUGGGCAAUUAUCGCUGAUUGCACCGUAACCACAAUUAGUAUUGAAAUGUUUUAUUUAAAGUUGAAGUAAUUUUGUUUAUUUACUGUAUAAUAUCCCCAAAGUUAUGUUGCUAAAGUUUAAAUUGAAUUAAAUAUGCUAAUAUUUAAGUAAAAAAAAUGUAUGUAUACAUAAUAUGUACGUAAUACAAUUGUUUUCGUUUGUAAUAAUUCACAUUCCUUUGUUAGUUCAAUUAUUUCACUGUAUCGACCGUACUCGUUAAAUCGAAUUAAAAACAGCAAGAGCAACAAAUUUAUAUCAACUGCAUCCGACUCCAGUCACAAACCAUCUCAGAUUCAAUGUAUAAAUGUAUUCUUUGUGUGUGUAUAAAUGUAUUCUGUAUUCAAUGUCACUGAAUGGAACAGGUCCUAUCUAUGCUUCGUUCCACGCUGUGCACUACUUCGUGGGUGGUAAUUCGACACCUAAAUUUCGUUAAAAUUGUUACAAAUAUACGAAAUAAAUAUAUAAUGAACUAGA